CUCUCUCUCUCUCCUCUCUCUAAAGUUGCGACCUUUUCCUCCCACUUCUGGCAUUCUCUACGACGUGAAUCGACGAGGCCUCUGCAUGCACCGGCGAUCGACCCCACCAUCGCCAGCCUUCGCGAGAUCUGAGGAGCUCCGGGGCCCGAUCGGGCCACAUGGCGGCGGACGGGAACGCGCAGCAGUCGCGGUACGUGAAGCUGACGAAAGACCAGGCGCCGGUGGAGGACAUCACUCCCGGCGAGCUCAACCAGCCCGUGGAAAUCCCUCAGUUGAAUGUCCGUAGAUGUUCUGAAUGUGGGCAACCCUUACCCGAGAGUUACCAGGCCCCAGCUGACGAAGAUUGGACGACUGGCAUUUGUGCUUGUGCUGAUGAUCCUGAAAGCUGCUGGACAGGGCUUUUCUGCCCCUGUGUGCUGUUUGGGCGCAAUGUAGAAGCAUUGAGAGAUGAUAUUCCCUGGACAAAUGCUUGUGUUUGCCAUGCCAUAUGUGUUGAAGGCGGGUUGGCUGUUGCCGCAGCGACAGCAAUGUUUUAUGGUGUUGAUCCUAAGACAUCAUUUCUUAUCUGCGAGAGCCUGUUUUUUGCUUGGUGGAUUUGUGGCAUCUACACUGGCCUCUUUCGGCAGUCAUUACAGAAUAAGUAUCAUCUGAAGAAUUCACCAUGUGAUCCAUGUCUCGUGCACUGCUGCAUGCACUGGUGCGCAUUAUGCCAGGAGCACCGGGAGAUGAAGAAUCAUCUCUCUGAUGAUGCCCCGAUGCCCGUGACCGUCGUUAACCCUCCUCCUGUUCAAGAGAUGAGCUCCAACGACGACCAAGGAUCUGCAGUGGCGCCACCCGCUCCUGCGUCCAAGGAUCCAGAAAGCACCAAUUUGGAAAUGCAGCCAUUUUAGGGUCCUGUCAACUCACCCUGCCUUGAAGUCGAAGAGCAGGAUAUAACUGACUUUGUUGGGGACAUUAAACUACGAAAAAAAGAGAAAAAGAUGACAGCCAUUUUUCUGAAGAAUAUUUACUUACCCGUGUUAUCUCUAAUUAUGUCUGGACAUGGAAUGUUACAGUUCACAUCUUAAAAGCAAGAUUUUUUGCUUACAA